AUGGAUCGCUUCAUGGACAUCCUGCGCAAACCAGGCGCCAAGCCUGAGAUCCAGGGCGUCGCCCCGACGCAACACGUGGAUGGUGAUGAGCUCCCUGGUCACUCAGAUGUCAAAGGCUAUAUACCCAAAAGCAAGCCCAAAAUGCUCGAUCGCUGGCUGGACGUCGUCGUCAGAGUAUCUGGCUCCGAGCCUGUCUUCUUCCUGAUCCUCGCAGGCCUCCUCACCUGGGCUCUACUCGGGGUCAAGUACGGAUCGACCGAGAGCUGGCAGGUCCUGAUCUCCGACGUCCAGGCCAUAGUCAGCUACAUAUUCGACUCCUUCCUUAUGAGACAGCAACUGAACGCAUACGAAGAGGAGAUGGUCGUAGCCGCGGAGCUGGAGUCCCGGAUCCUCAGCCACAAACGGAUGCUCGCGAAGCUCUGUCAAAAGCUCGAGGCACAAGACCAGGAGAAAACCACCCACCUCGUCAAGGAGCACCAAAACAACAGCCUCGAGUUCGGCGCAGAGCUCCCCACCGAAACCCGGUUCGGACGGACCGUCACCUGGGUCUCGCAUGUAAUCGGCCACCUGGGCACCAUCGCCGUCUUCUGGGCGGGCGUCUUCACCUGGAUCGCCCUCGGCCAUCGCUCCCACUACAGCGACAAAUGGCAACUCUACAUGAACUCCGCGUCGUCCGCGCUCAUGGUCUUCAUCUUCGCCUUCCUGGCCAACAUCCGCGAGCGUCACGCAGCCUACACCCGCAGCUGCCUGGACGCCAUCUUCCACGUCGACUCGUGCCUCGAAGCCAAGCUCCGCCAGCUCACCCACGACGCCCUGCCCAAUGACCCCGUCAUCAUCCCCGCCCCGCGCGUCAGCAAGGUCCACGCGCGAUCUUCUACUACGCUGACUUCGUCGGCACCCUCGUCGGCAUCGCAUCCUGGUCGCAGUGCUCAUCAUCUGGCUCGCCAUCGGCCCGCUCCUCCACUUUGA